UGAACAUGGCCAACAUCCCCGCCGUCCUGACUUCGAAAGCGGGCGACGACUCUGGCGAGACAGAAGGAGAUAUUGUGGAUAUGCGUACAUCGGCGGUGCAGUUCUAUAACAAUCUGGAGAGAGACUCAUACACCAAACAGUGGCCCACUCAACUACAGAUG